UGCGUGCCGCCGCUGCGCAUGCGCAGGCGCUGGGUAGCCCUCGGCGGUCGAAAGGGGAGUUCAAGGAGACGGGGGCGACGCGGCUACGGGCACCUCCUCGGGGUCGUGACUACAGCCAUCAUGCCGGGGAUAGUGGAGCUGCCCACUCUGGAGGAUCUGAAAGUGCAGGAGGUGAAGGUCAGCUCCUCUGUGCUGAAGGCCGCCGCCCAUCACUACGGAGCUCAGUGCGACAAGCCCAACAAGGAGUUCAUGCUCUGCCGCUGGGAGGAGAAGGACCCGAGGCGGUGCUUAGAGGAAGGCAAGCUUGUCAACAAGUGUGCCCUGGACUUCUUUAGGCAGAUAAAGCUGCACUGUGCGGAGCCGUUCACAGAAUACUGGACCUGCCUUGACUACUCUGGCCUGCAGUUGUUCCGUCGCUGUCGCAAACCGCAGGCCAAGUUUGACGAGUGUGUGCUGGACAAACUGGGCUGGGUGCGGCCCGACCUGGGAGAGCUGUCCAAGGUCACCAAAGUGAAAACAGAUCGGCCUUUACCAGAGAAUCCCUAUCACUCAAGAGCAAGGCCAGAGCCCAACCCUGAGAUAGAAGGAGAUCUGAAGCCUGCCAAACAUGGCAGCCGCGUCUUUUUCUGGACCACGUGAGGAUGGGUCCAUGGCCCACACCGUCACGCGCCCAGGCAGCGGUUGAUGACAACUUCAUGCAGUUUGCCUCGACCGAUAGAGGGUUCUUUCCGGGAUCACAAACAUUAACGAAAACGUUAAUUUAUGUGACUUGGCAGUUAUUCUAUACCAUUUCCUGCCCAUUAAAAUUUUUAAAGGAAA